GUCCAGUGGAAGAGGUGGCCAGAGAUGUUCUGUCAACAAUCAUUGAGAAAAUUGUCACUCAAGAGGCUGCAACCUGUAGCAGUUAUAACUCGUCUACUCAAGUAACAGUGUCCACUGCGUCACAAGGGAAGGAAGAACAAUCAGAGGGAAGGCCUGAAGGUGAUAAUAAUGAGAAGAAAGUUGUGCAAAAAGCUGAUGAUUCAGAUACUUGUGAUGCACAAGUGACAACUCAAGAAACAGUGUCUGCCAAGUCACAAGGAAAGGAACAAGUAAGACCAGCGGGAGGAACUGGAACUGAUACUAUUAAGACCACAGAUGGACAAACAGAUGAUGAUCCAGCUGCAUCUGCUUCUGAUGCACAAGUAGCAACUCAAGAAGCAGUUUUUGCUGAGUUACAUGGAGAGGAAGAAAGAUCCAAUGGAGGAGGUGAUGAUUGUGGGAAAAAGGUAGAGCAAAGGGAUGGUGAUAGUCCAGCUACAACCGCUUCUGUUGCACAACAAACAAGGAAAACAGAUGAAGAAAGAACUGGCCAAAAUUCCCUACAACAAAGUACAGCCAAUGAGCAGAAAGAUUCCCACCUCACAAACAAUUCCAGUGAGGACAAAACGAGUGAAGGCCUGGAUCAGGAAGAUUCACAGGGCCUGGAUAACUUCAUGGACUCCCUGUCCUCAUCACAGCUGUACCAGAUGGAACAGGAGGCACUCACCACAGCUCAACACAUAAAUGCUCUCCCAGCUAGACAGGCACCAGAUGAAGGUGCAAGAAAGGCCAUCCUGGGCCUGACCACUGAUCUGGCUUGUCUCAACAGAAGCGUGAUGUCCGUGUGGAGAGAAUUCAACACAGUGCAAAAGAAGAGACUAGCUCGAAAGAAAGAACAGGCGGCCAAAGCAUCUAGGCCUCCACCUAACGCUUUCCGCACUGAUGGUAUCACGUCACAAUCUGUAAAGAUUCCUCAACAGGGAAGUAACAUUCACCACCAAGUCCUGCAGCAGAACCCAAGCCCAAUGAAGAUGGGAAAAGACAAAAAACAACCUUCAUCAAGAGGUCCUCCUAAUGUUUUGUCUACUGACAAUAUUAGGCGACAGCACGUACAGAGUGGACAACAGCAAAACCCCAAUGUCAUGAAGAUAAGAAACGACAAGAAAGUUGCCUUCAACAAACUUGAUCAGCAGAAGAAAAUGGAUCAGCAUAAAAUCAGACCAACGUCUUUACAAUCCAUGAAGAACCGUCAGCAGGGAAGACUGCUCCCAAUGCCAAAGCCAGGGACUUCUUCCAAGAACCUGACAACGAGUAAGCUCCCUUUUCAGGGCACCACCUCACUGAGGCAACCAGGUGGCAUAUCAGGACUGUACCAACCCAACAGUUCUUCCAGGGGGUACCAGCAUGUUCUGCCUAACGGAAAACCCCAGAAUGGUUUAGCUUCAACUAAGGGGAGCUCUACCAAUUCUUUCAACUUCACUCCAACUAAACCGGCACAGGCUGGCAGGUCUUUGAAAAUGUCUUAA